GCAAUGGCCACCACCACCAUCACCACCACCAUCACCACUACACCACGCUGCUGCCUUCCAGAAAAUCCCGUGCGUUCGUGCUUACCUGCCAAGUAGAGAGGCAUCACGGGACACCCUGCCAAAACAACUUGAACACACCAAGCGCACCAAACACCAAACACAUUCAAGAUGCAAACAUCCAGUCCAGAUAAUGCUAACCCGACCAUCCUGAGCAUGACACAGCUGCCCUCACGGGCGCGGCACGUGAGCGGGGUCGCUGGCGGGCCAGAGUCAAGAUAUGCCGACCUGCUAGCGUCCAGGCCAACCGCCUCCUUUUGGGGCUUCUCGGACGUCCUGUCGUCGGACGAGGGCAGCGACUAUGGCGCCGAGCCCAUCGACGAGCAAGAGAUUUAUGACCUGAUCUCCACAAUCUCUGACCCGGAGCACCCCCAUACCCUGGGCCAGCUGUCCGUCAUCAACCUCCCCGACAUCCAUAUUCUCCAGACGUCGCCCACCCUUGUCGAGGUGCUUGUCGAGGUCACACCCACCAUCACCCACUGCUCCCUCGCCACCGUCAUUGGCUUGGCCGUCCGCGUCCGCCUGGAGCAGGCCCUACCGCCGGGCUACCGCGUCGACGUCCGGAUGAAGGCCGGCUCCCACGCCCAGGACGACCAGGUCAACAGGCAGCUGGCCGACAAGGAGAGGGUCGCCGCCGCCCUCGAGAACGACUCGCUGCGGAGCAUGCUCGACAAGAUGAUGGAGACCUGUGUCUGAUGAAGCGCGCUGCUGCUGCUCCGCUCGGCCGCUCCGGCCGGAUCGUCCUGGUGCGUGCGCGCGCCCCCCCCCCCCCCAUCCUCGGGGGCCCUCGGCCGAGACCUCGCACGCGCCUCCUCCUCGGACGGGGCCGCUUAACUUGCUAGGUUCAAGCCACCCACCUACUCCCGACGAACAAGCUGCCGUGCUUGCGAGCCGAGAAUGUGGAGGAGGCGCGAGCACGCGAGCCAACACGCUUUUAGCCCACCCGUCACCAUGACACAAGGCACCAAUGCCAGCCUCUUGCCUGCAUAGUAACUGCUUCGGUCGGACAUCUAGGCGAUCAAGCGCACAUCACUCGAUUUUGCUAGUGUCACAUUGCGUCACUGCCAUUUGUUUCACAAUAGCCAAGGCCCAUGGCUGAAAGACAGGUCAUGUUGCAUGGCGCCAUCCAUGGCGUAGCGACAGGAUGGAGUUUUUGGACGUAAUUAUCAGGCAGAUUAUCAGCACAAGGAAUUGGGGGGGGGGGGGGUGCUGCUGCUAUCUAUCCAUUCGCCUUCUUUCUUGCGCACACCGGGAAUCGCGCUUUGUUAGGUUUGGGUUCCCGGGGUUCAAAAAAAAAAAAAAAGCGAAAUAUCUAU